ACCAUUAGAGCGGGGGCGCGCGUGACAUCAUGGGUAUUAUUAUUGCUCAUCACAAGAAGAAACACCGACCUAGAAUCUCAAAUUGUGCCGAGAUAUAGCACAAAAAAUACACCAACAUGCCGCUUUUUUCAAGCUCCUCUCCUUACGACCAGGAAGUUGAAAAAGCUACAAGCGAACUAAAUACCACCGAAGACUGGCAAAUUAUCAUGGAAAUUUGCGAUAAAAUUCCUCGAUCUCCUAACGGGCCUAAAGAUGCUUUGAGGUCAAUUAUGAAGAGAGUGAUUCACCGGAACCCCCACAUUGCCAUGCAGGCUCUGACACUGUUGUCUGCUUGUGUCAAUAACUGUGGGAAAGUCUUCCAUCUUGAGAUUUGUUCGAGAGACUUUGUCAGUGAAGCUAAGAGUAUUCUACUCUCAAGGACCCACCCUAAAGUUAUGGACAAGUUUAAGGAGUUGAUCAAGGAGUGGGUCAACAUGUUCAAAGAGGAUCCCCAGCUGAGUUUGAUUUCUGUGAUGUGUGAACAACUUAAGACUGAGGGGGUGGACCUUGGUGUAGUACAGACAACCUCCAAAACUAGUAGUAGCAGCAGUAGUAGUAUGAAAUCCUCACCAGCAAGUUCCUCGGCCGCAUCCUCACUAUCCCAGGAAGAGGAGGAUUUAGCUAGAGCAAUUCAGUUGUCUUUACAAGACUCUGAAGGGUCAAAGCCUAAAGUAUCAAGUUUGUACCCAUCAGCAAAAGUACCAUCGCCAACACCUAUUAGAAGGGUGAAGAUGCAGGAGAGAAAAAAGGUUCGAGCUCUGUAUGAUUUUGAGGCAGCUGAGGAUAAUGAACUGACCUUUAAAACUGGAGAUAUAAUAUCUAUCUUAGAUGACAGUGAUGCUAGUUGGUGGAAGGGAGAGACCCCAAAUGGCACAGGAUUAUUCCCAUCAAACUUUGUCACCUCUGAUCUUUCAGAACCUCAAUCCCCCACUGUUCGAGCAGAAAAGGUAGAAAAGAAAAAGAAGGUCCGGUGGGCCGAUGCAGCGGCUAGGCAAGAAAAUCUCCCUAAAGAGCAAGUUGUAAAGCCAAAAAUUGAUGAGGACAAGAUUGAGGAGUGUCUGUCAAUGUUAAAGGCAGCCAGUGUGGAAGGGGACGAUGAGCAGGAAGAUGCAAUAAUUGAUCUUGAAUAUGCUUGCCACAGUAUGGAAGAAAUUGUCAACAAAAAGAUUGAAAAGAGCAAAGCGAAGCAUCAAGAUUUGUCAUCUCUGAAUGAGCAGUAUUUACAGGCUCUAGCCCUAUACCAAAAAUUAAUGAAGGAGCCACUCCCUAUUCCACCAACACCUACAUAUAACUACAGCACAAGGCCUCAGGCAUAUGGCUAUCAGCCAACUUCAGUAGCUCCACCGCAGUACCAACAGAUUUAUGGUCCACCACCUCCAGCAUAUCCACAGGCAUCCCAACUACCAUACAGUGAACCUUCACAAGCUGCAAUGAGUGCUGGGUACUCCAGUCUAGGACCCGGCCAGCCUGCCUAUCCCAAUCACAUGGCAGCAUCUCAAGGUGCCACGCCCAAUGGUUACCAGCCCCCAUCCCAGCAACACCUACCACAGGCACCCCAGCAGCCCAUGUCUGCACCACAGCAGUACUACCCACAGCAUCAAGCACAGCAUGCGUCUUACACUCAAGGGUUACCUCCACCAUCAGGUCAACAGUACCCGCCGCAAGCUACAUCCGGGUACUCGUCAAUGGGUUCAAACGUCCCUCAGCCCCAAAUGGUUUACAGCCAGCAGCCACUGUUAUGAUAACACUGUGGUUUGAACUGGUACAAUGAAUUUUAAUACUACAAAAUAUAUAUGGCUAAAUGGUGCAUUAUAAGAAUGGAUGUACAGAAAUAUGUUCUCCAGCUUGAAAGACAUAAAAAUAUUUGCCCAUUUGAACACCCAGAUUUGUGGGUGGGGAUUGAGGUACACUGGCCCCAACCAGUCCCCUGGAUUAAAGGGGGGGGGCACUGGUGCCAUCUGGAGCCCUGAAUAAUAUGCCAUUGCUUUGCUAGAUUUUUGAUGCAGCUUUUUUAUAGAAUGGAAUCAAACUGAAUUCUGCUAAAUCUGGAGCUACUUAUCACAAAAAAGUUGCAAGCCUGUGAGAAUACAGGUUCUUGUGGUUUGAAUGGGAGCCAUCAUUUGUUAUAGACUCGUCAUGAUUUAAAAAAAAGUAGUCUUUGGGUAACACCUGUAAAUUAUGCUACCUUUUUAAAAAUUAUUGAUUUGUUGGAUUUGCAGUCUUUAGUCAAAUUCAGGCGUUAACAAGGAUCGUGGCUUAGCCAAGCUAGGACAAGUAAACAUUGUGGCAAAUGAAAUUAUGCACCAAAGCACAACGAUCUUUAGGUAUAUACUUAGGAGUAAUUAGUGAUUGACAUUGUAAAUAAACUGAUAAUAGUUGAA